GCUCUGCGCUACUCAGCGUUUCAAAUAUUGUAGAAGUAGUGGUAUGUAGAUAAAUUGUUGAAUUGCGCCCAGCUUUAUUUUAUUCUUUGUUUAUCCUUUUAUUUAUGUAACUUGAACUGUAGCGUCAAUUCUAAACCUGUGCUAGAUCUACAAAGUUGCAAAAUGUCAGCCGAAAACAAGAAAAGAAAAGUUGACACAGAAUGCAGAAUUUUUAACAAAAGUUGGACAGCGAAGUAUUUAUUCACAGAAGUCGAUGGGAUAGCUGUUUGUCUGGUUUGCAAGGAGAAGGUCGCGGUUAUUAAGGUUUUUAAUUUAAAAAGGCAUUUUGAGACAAAACAUGCAAAAAAAUACAAAAAUCUAAGUAAUAAUGAAAUGGCGCAAACAGCGGAGAGUAUGGUAGCAAAGCUCGAAAAACAGCAAAGUUUUUUCACACGACUCCAUGCAUCUAAUGAUGCAGCUGUCAUGGCCAGUUUCGUAAUAGCUCACAAAAUCGCUCAAAACAGCAAACCAUUUUCUGAAGGGGAGUUCGUCAAAGAAUGUUUAGUAGAGACGGCAGCAAUUGUUUGUCCUGAUAAAACAGAUGCUUUUAAACAAGUUCCGCUAUCGAGAAGAACUGUCACCAGAAGGGUUGAGUGUAUCGCAGGAGAUUUAAGAGAUCAGUUGCUACAUUAUGUCAAACAAUUUGACUUCUUCACUUUAGCGUUAGACGAGAGUUGUGAUGUACGCGACACUGCUCAGUUGCUUAUUUUCGUUCGUGGAAUUACUUGUGAUUUCAAAAUUACUGAAGAAAUAGCUGCUAUAAGACCAAUGAAAGGAACAACAACAGGUGCAGAUAUUUUUAGCGAGGUAGAUGCAUCCAUGGAUAAGUUGGGACUUAAAUGGGAAAAAUUGGCGGGAGUGACGACAGAUGGGUGCCCAAAUCUUACAGGAAAAAAUGUGGGAUUGUUGAAGCGCAUGAAAGACAGAGUUAAUGAAAUUGACCCAAAGCAGCAGUUAGUGUUUUUACAUUGUAUCAUACAUCAACAGGUAUUGUGCAAGUCAGUGCUAAAAAUAAGCCAUGUCACUGAUGUUGUUAAAAAACUAGUUAACUUCAUCAGGUCUCGAGCACUAAAUCACAGACAGUUUAUUUCCCUGUUGGAAGAGCAAGAAAAUGAGCACACUGACAUAGGAUAUCAUACAACUGUGAGAUGGCUCAGUUUAGGCAAAAUACUGAAGCGAGUUUGGGACUCGCAGCAGGAGAUUCGAGAAUUCUGUCAAACAAAGAACAAGGAUAUUCCGCAGCUUUCAGAUAAGAAAUGGUUAUCUGAUUUUGCUUUUGUUGUUGAUGUCACUGCUCUAUUGAAUGAGUUGAAUUGCAAACUCCAAAGUAAAAAACUGUUUGUGCAUAAUAUGCACAGCUUGGUAAAAUCGUUCAUAACGAAAUUGCAGUUUCUUUCACGCCAAUUACAGAACAAUAAUCUCGCUCAUUUUCCCACACUCAACACAGCUACCACAUCUGCAAAUGAUUUUCAAAAGUACUCUACAAUGCUAGAUGCACUGCAUGCUGAAUUUUUAAGACGAUUUGAAGAUUUCCGAUUAAUUGAAAAUAAAAUGAGUAUGGUCUCUUCUCCUUCCACCAGUAACGUGGAAAACAUACCAUCUGAUGCACAACUCGAGCUUAUUGAUUUGCAGUGUGACACUUUACUUCAGGAAAAAUUUAAAUCAUCUGAAAUUCUGGAUUUUUAUUCCUCUCUAAAUAAAAAAAGUUUUCCCAACAUAAGGAGACAUGCUCAAAAGAUGCUAGUUCUUUUCGGAUCCACUUAUAUUUGCGAGCAAACCUUCUCAGUAAUGAAUUUUACCAAAUCGAAAUUUCGGUCGUCUCUCACCGAUGAACAUCUUUCUGAUUUGCUGAGAAUAUCUACGUCUGCCAUUGAACCCGACAUUCAAGGACUUGUUAAGGCGCAGCAGAGCAUACACACGUCUCAUUAA